GACCGUCGUACGACUUUAAACUAUCUAUUAGGACACCCCAGAACAGCUCUAUCCAAAGACUGCGAUGUCGAUUCACGUCCCACUCCCAGUCCCAACUCGCUCGCAUGAGACUGCACCACCAUCAGCACUUUCCGAGAAGAAGCAGACUUCAUAUGACUGUGUCCUCGAACACUUCGCUGCCGUAGACUAUACGCUUCCAAAUGUCAACCAGGAGAAGGCUGCACUGACGGUGGAUGAAAAGUUUUGGCUGUCAUAUGAAUGUCUUCUGAGAUAUCUACGUGCUACCAACUGGAACGCAGAUGUGGCCAUAAAGCGUUUGGAAGGUACGCUCAAGUGGAGACGUGAAUUCGGGAUCUACGACAAAAUCACUGCCGAAUAUAUUGAACCAGAGGCAGCUACCGGCAAAGAGGUUCUCUUUGGCUAUGAUACUCACGGACGACCUGCCAUCUAUGUGAGCCCCUCAAAAGUGGGUACCGAAGAGUCACCCCGCACAAUCCAGCUCACUGUCUGGAUGGCCGAACGCGCUUUUGACCUUAUGGGUCCAGGUGUCGAGAGCCUUGCGUUGAUGGUGGGUUAUGCAGGCAACGCCAAGAACCCGUCAUUUAGCUUGUGCCGCACGACGCUUGACAUAAUUCAAACACACUAUCCAGAACGCCUCGGCCUUGCGCUCAUUGCACAUCUUCCCUGGCUUUUGAACGCAUUUAUUGCACUACUCACGCCAUUCAUGGAUCCCCACACCCGGCAGAAGUUGGUCUUCAACCCUGUCAUCAAUGAGAACGGUCUGUUUAGGACAGCUGCAGACGCGGAAGCUUGGAAUGCCGAUAGCACAUUACGAGUAUUUGAGCCAGACCAGCUCAUCCAGGAGGGUUGGAAUGGCUCGCAACGGUUCACGUAUUCCCAUCGCGUGUAUUGGGAAGCGCUUGUGAAGCUAUGCGAAGAGAGGCGCUCUAGGAUGUUCGUGGUGUGGCAUGGCAUGGGCGGGAAAGUUGGUAUUAAGGAAUGGGACGUUAAGGUUGCUGUCAGAGACGAGACGAUCGACGCGCAUGUAGAUGUGGAUGAAGCGUUGAUCGACACGCACGUAGAUGUGGAUGGAGUGUCGACAGAGAAUAGCCAACUUCAGUCGUGAGGAUGCCGCAGCUAUGCAUUCGUUGACAAUUAUUUCCUUUUUGACGUGCUAACAUAGAUCGAAUCUAUAUAUACGCCUCUUGAACUGUUUCACAGACUUGCUGGUAAAUCCAAGUUUGUUGU